CCCACAUCCUCACCAAUCUACCCAAUUAAGACGAUGCAAUGCCCCAACCCCCCGCCGUCUUGCGCACUCGCAAACCUCUCCCCGACUCUCUGAUUACCGCCGCCUUCAAUUGCGUCUCGUUUUAUCGAACUCCUGAACCGAAUGGUCACCCGCAAUGGCCGCGCCACCCCGCGAAAUGAUGCCCAACCCUUCCUACGCCGGGCUCGAAGGGCAGCAGCAGCUGUUCCCGCCGCCGUUGCACGGGCUGCAGGCAGCGACGCAAUUUACACAGGAACGAGCGCGCCAGCAGAGUAGGACCCCGUUGCGGUCUCGCGUCGAAACGCCUAUCCAUCCACCCCAGAUCCCCACUACUCCCAACCUCGCGCCGAAGCCACCUGGCUACCAGAACCCGCACCAAAAACAACCACCACCACAACACACGCCACCUCUGCCGGCCCGGAAAGGACUGCAGCCGCAAAUCACGGGCCCCGUGUUCCACCGCCUCGACCCAAACAACCAAUACCCGCAACCCCAACCCUUUCAGUCUUUCCAACACCCGGCCCAACAGGCCCAUAACCUUCAGCAAGCCAACCAGGCUCAGCAGGCCCAGCAGGCCCAGCAGGCGCUCCAGGUCCAGCACCAGCAGGCCCAGACUCAACAAAUCCUGCUAGCCCAGCAGCAGCAGCAGCAGCAGCAGCAGCAGCAGCAGGCCCAGCAGCAUCGCCAACAACAUGCCCACCAACAAUUCCACCUCCAACAGCCGCUGCCCCAGACUCCACAGCAGUCGCAAGCCCAACGUCCCCAGGACCAACAGUCAAAUCAGGACCAAGAUGAGUCGAUGCUAGAUGGAGACGGCCAGGACGACGAGAGCGACGGCGACGGCAACGACGGAGGCGAUAGCGGUGAGGCCAACGUGGGCGAGGACGGCCAGCCUCUGUCGCCAUCCGACCCCAAGUUCGUCGCACCCCUCGCCCAGCCCGUCACGCCGCUGCAGCUGCCCAAGGUGCGGCCGACGCUCAUGAUCGGGCCCUACGAGCAACGCCAAGACGCCUUCAACGCCGUCCAGGAGUACGCCAUCAGCCAGGGCUACAUGCUGGUGCAGUCGGGCUGCGCCAAGGCCAAGACGCCCAGCGGCAAGUACGAGUCGGACGCUGCCGUGGUGCGCGUCGACUUGAUGUGCGACCGCGGCGGCUCCUGCAAGAACCAGGGCACGGGCGUGCGCAAGCGGCCCACGCACCGCAUCGGCUGCCCGGCGCGCAUGAAGCUCGUCUGCCGCAAGCGCCAGGCCUCCAAGUGGUUCAUUGACGUGCGCUGCGAGGAGCACAACCACGACCUCGACCCCAAGAACAUCACCUCCAUCGCGAGCUACCGGCGGUGGCGCCGCAUCCAGAACGGCGGCGCCUCCAUGGAGACGCACUCGGAACGCUACAAGCGCGUCAGGAAGCCCAAGGUCAUCCCGCCCGUGCCUCCGCCGCAGUUCCAUCAGACGGGCCCGCAGCCUCCGCCGCCGCCCACGAGCCCGCUCCACAUGGCCGCGCUGCGGGGGCAGGUCAAGAUCCUCGAGAUCCUGCUCAACAAGGGCGCCGACAUCGACGCCCUCGACGCCACGGGCCGCACGCCGCUGCACUGCGCUGCCGAGGGCGAGCGCAUGGACGCCGUCAAGCUCCUAGUCGAACGCGGGGCCGACGUGACCCGGCUCGACUCGAAGGGUCUCAGCGCCCUCCAUGUCGCCGUGGAAAGGGGCAUGGAGGAUGCCGUCGUCUUGCUGAUCGAGCAUGGCGCAGACCCCAACCAGUGAUCGGCUCAAGGCGUUGUCUGACUAGGGGGGAGAAGUCUGGUCGCCACAGGCACGUACCGGAACU